UUUUGAACUAUUAUUCAAAAGACAACUACAAGUCAAAAUGUCUGGCCGUGGAAAAGGUAAAGCUAAGGGCACCAAGUCYAAGACYCGAUCAUCCCGUGCAGGGCUUCAGUUCCCAGUCGGUCGUAUCCAUCGUCAUCUCCGCAAAGGCAACUAYGCUSMRMGAGUUGGUGCUGGUGCUCCAGUCUACUUAGCUGCUGUUCUCGAGUAUUUGAGCGCCGAAAUUCUCGAGUUGGCCGGCAACGCUGCCCGUGACAACAAGAAGACCAGAAUCAUCCCCCGUCACUUGCAGUUGGCUGUUAGAAAUGACGAGGAGUUGAACAUACUUCUUGGUGGUGUCACCAUUGCUCAAGGUGGUGUUCUUCCYAACAUCCAAGCCGUCCUUUUACCUAAAAAAGCUGAGAAGAAAUCAUCUUAAGCAGUUUACUUGCUGCUAAA